AUGUCUCGGCGAGCUUCGGUGUUCAAGUACCUUCUUUCAAAGAAGGACAAUCGACUUUCCGGCUAUGACAUGGAUGAAUUGACCAAAGUUUUGGCCAAUAAUGACAUCCAUUCACCUGAAAUGUCAGACCACAGUAAAGAAACGGACAAAAGAGGUCAUCUGUAUGUUAAUGUCCAUAGCUUGGCUUGGAGGUCGAAAAAG